UGCAUACAUAGUCGAACGUUCAUGAGAGAAUGUCUUGAAACCGUAUUCACCAUGGUAGUUGCCAUAACCACUUGGUCCGGUACCUCCGAACGGAACUGCGAACUGCGAACUACAACAAUGUCUCACCAAUGACAGCGCUUCCCGAACGAGUACGGAGGGGGGUUAUUGUCAAUUACAUACGUACAUUUGGUUCAAGUGCAGUUCCUCAAAGAACGCAGAGAAGAUCUUGGAUCGUACUCGUUCGGGAAGCGCUGUCAUUGGUGAGACAUUGUUGCAGUUCACAGUUCACAGUACCGUUUGGUGGCACAGGACCAUCAGGGUAUGGCAAUUACCAUGGAGAAUACGGUUUCAAGACAUUCUCUCAUGAACGUUCGACUUUGUAUGCACCUGAUAAAGGUAUUAUUGGAACGGUAGUUGAACAUAUCCUGUCAAAACGUUAUCCACCUCAUCAAAAGGGCGCAGCAGAAUACUUUGCCAUGGUUUCCGGCAAGCCAGUCCGAUUCUCAAAGCCAAAGAAUCCUCAGUAAUAACCUCACGAAUCUCAAUGAACACCAAACGCAUUCGCAAGAACAAGCCAAUGAAACAAACACAACCCCUCCUCGUCCACAGUCGAAGAAAUCAGCUUUCCAUGCAUCAUACAGUCCCUAUUGCCUUUCUCGGAAGCAUCCAAUACCUGACUGCUA